UUAGGGCUCCCCACGAGCCCAUCGGCCCACCGCGAAAAUGUCCGGUAUUUCAGAUGGCCAGUCCAGCCCUGCCUCUAUUUCUGAGCCUCAGUUCCAGAGAGAUGCCUCUGGGAUCGUACUGGGGUUAAAGAACCGGCCCGAAACGGGCUUUUCCUGAAUAAACUGUUUGGUAUCUGAACGCAAACAUUUUAAUAGAACACUUUGCUUUUCCUCCAGUUUGCUGCUGAUAUCAGCAGUUAAAGACUGCAUAAAAACUCAGGCUGAAUGACAGACCUGUGCUGAUCCUCGCACGGUCCGUGUCCCUUUAAGAGCGGCACAAUGGAUCGGGAGCGAUGAGUAAUAAGCAUGGAGGCACAUAAUCCUCCGAGCAGGGCCGUGCACUGAGUAGUGUAGGUGGGACGGACGACACGGGGCUUUGGCGUGAGCGCAAUCUGGGUUCCGCAGCGGAGCUUCGGUCGGAGGAAGUACGGAUACACGUGAGAGGAAAGGAUCGCGGCUGCCGGGCUGUGAGCCCCGGCCGAAUCGGUGUCUGCUUACCCCGGGCUUGUCUAUCCAUCCAAAGCUGCUCUCCGAGUUGUGCGUUCAGCGCGUCGCUUCUUGGUGCGGCCGGCUUCCCGGAGGCAAAGCCGGGAUGCGGUGUCCUACCAUGGCUGGGACCCUGUCGUGUGGAUGACCUCUGACCCCCGGUGAGCAAGGAGGCCCAGCUGCUGAUCGCGAGGCUCGGUGUCAGCAUGGAGGGCGAGGAGGGAACGGAGUGGCUGCUGGGACUGCUGAUGGAGGUGCAGCUGCAGCAGUACCUCACACGCAUCCGUGACGAGCUCAACAUCACACGCCUGUCUCACUUCGACUAUGUGAAGAAUGAGGACCUGGAGAAGAUCGGCAUGGGCAGACCCGGACAGAGACGGCUGUGGGAGGCUGUGAAGAGGAGGAAGGCCCUCAGCAAGCGGAAGUCCUGGAUGGGAAAGGUCUUCAGCGGCAAGCGUUCGGAGGGCGAGCUGCAGCCCCCGCCGGCCUCUGGCAGCCUGCUCCCCCGACGCUCUCCCACACCCAGCCCCAGCCCCUCGCGCUCGCCGCUGCCCCCGGAGGCCCAGGCGCUGGCUCUCACCUGCCUGAUCAGCGAGCGCGACCUGCAGCUCUACGAGAAGCUUGGUGACGGCUCCUUCGGCGUGGUCAAGCGUGGCGAGUGGAGCACGCCCACGGGCAGCCUGUUAAACGUGGCCGUGAAGUGCCUCAAAACAGACCUUCUGGACCAGCCGGAUGCCCUCGAUGACUUCAUUCGUGAAGUGAACGCCAUGCAUUCGCUGAGCCACCAGAACCUGAUCCGGCUCUAUGGCGUGGUCCUCACACACCCCAUGAAGAUGGUGACGGAAUUGGCCCCCCUGGGUUCCCUGCUGGACCGGCUGCGCAAGACGCAGGGCCACCUGCUGAUCUCCACGCUGUGCCGCUAUGCCAUCCAGAUUGCCAGCGGCAUGGCCUACCUGGAGUCUCGGCGCUUCAUCCACCGCGACUUGGCGGCUCGCAACAUCCUGCUAGCCUCCAACGACCUUGUGAAGAUCGGCGACUUUGGCCUCAUGAGGGCGCUGCCGGGCAAUGACGACCACUAUGUCAUGCAGGAGCAGCGCAAGGUUCCCUUUGCUUGGUGUGCUCCAGAGAGCCUGAAGACUCGGACCUUCUCCCAUGCCAGUGACACCUGGAUGUUUGGUGUGACCCUGUGGGAAAUGUUCUCCCACGGCCAAGAACCCUGGCUAGGCCUCAAUGGCAGCCAGAUCCUCCACAAGAUCGACAAGGAGGGUGAACGCCUGUCCAAACCAGAGGACUGUCCCCAGGACAUCUACAACGUCAUGCUUCAAAGCUGGGCUCAGAAGCCAGAUGACCGGCCCACCUUUGUGGCUCUGCGGGAGUUCCUAGUGGAGACCAUGCCCACCGACAUGAGGGCCUUGCAGGACUUUGAAGAGCUAGACAAGUUGUUCAUCAAGACCAAUGAUGUCAUCACCAUUAUAGAGGGCAGGGCGGAGAACUACUGGUGGCGGGGGCAGAACAAGCGAACCCUGAAGGUGGGCCAGUUUCCCAGGAACGUGGUGACCUCGGUGGCUGGCCUGUCAGCCAAUGACAUCAGCCGGCCACUCAAACACAGCUUCAUCCACACUGGCCAUGGGGACACCAACCCUCAUCGCUGCUGGGGCUUUCCUGACAAGAUUGAUGACCUGUACCUUGGCAACCCCAUGGAUCCCCCUGAUGUGCUGGGCAUGGACUUGACCGGUGCUCAGCCCACACAGCUCCCAGGACGGUCAAAAAAGGUGCCCCCACCGCGGCCUCCCCAGCCGGCCAUUCUGGUUCAGAAGCCGUAUUACGACUCUGUGAAUGAGGAUGAGGUGAGCGGGUCGGGCCUGAAGAAGCUCUCCCUGAGGAAACCACCAGAGGUCAAAGGUCAGAGGCUCCGGCCAGCUGCUUGGGUCACUGGUACCUCAGUCCAAAACGAGGUGUCCCUCAUCGAUUUCAUGGAGGAGGUGGCCACCACCCCUGCCAUCUCCCCUGUCACAGACAUGCACCCUCAGGGUACGGCCGACUUGCUCCUGAACUCCACACCACCGCCAAGCCCCGCCUUCGGCCACUUACCCAAUCCGCUGCACCCCUCGCCGGUGGUGGACUGGGACUCUCGGCCCCUGCCCCCAGCUCCGGCCUAUGACGAGGUGGCACCAGAUGAGGAAGACGUUGAGGUGGGCUCCAUCACUGACGAAGCUCAGUGUCAUCCUCUGGAGGACAAUCUCUUCAUGCCCUGUGGUACACAGACAAGCUGCAACUUCUCACAGUCAGCAGAGAUCUUCCGUGAGCUGCAGCAGGAGUGCAUGAGGAAGCUGAAGGUCCUGGGGGGGUCAUCCACGACUCUGCCACAUUCCCCCAGCCCCCCCCCUUUCGGGCCAGACCGGAUCGUCUCCUCCCCACCCCGUGGAGCUGGCCCUCAGGUGCCCCCCCGCAUCCCCAUCCCACCGCGGCCCUCCCGGGUUCCACCGUCGCUCCCGCCACGGGAUUCCGUGUCCCAGCCCGGGUCACGGAGCCCCAGCCCUGCUAGCCUACCCCAGGCAAGGGCCAGCCUCUGCUCGUCAGCGCCCCCUGCUUCCCACCUGCUCUCUGCUCUCACCGCCCGGCUCAUGCCCACCACCCAGAGCUUUGCCCCGGACCCUAAGUAUGCUUCCCCCAAGGUGAUGCAGGCCGAGGGCCUGGGGGCAGCACGGGCCCCCUGCAUCCUACCUGUGGUGCAGGAUGGUCAGAAAGCCAGCCAAACUCACUACUACCUGCUCCCCGAACGGCCUGCCUACCUGGACAAAUACGACCGCUUCUUCAGGGAGGCAGAGGACGCGGCGCCGGAGAAGCGGCCAGCCAAUACAGCCACGGUGCGUCCCAUGGUGCACCAGCAACCCUCUGCGCCCUUCAAGACCAACUUCUCCACCAACAAUAAUGGCAGCCUGGCUGCCAAGCCCAUCAUCCUGCCCCUGAAGGUCUCCCAAGGUCUGGCUGGGGUGGGCAGAAACAGACAGCCGGGAACCAGCACUGCUGACAGGGUCAAGCUGGUGCAGGAGGCAGUCCAUGGAGUGACCACAGAGGAGUGCCAGGCGGCCUUGGAGGAGCAUGACUGGAAUGUGCAGAAGGCCGUGCAGUUCCUGAAGGUAGAGCAGCUCUUUGGCUUGGGUAGCCGAACCCGAACCGAAUGCCUCCGGGUGCUGGAGAAGCACAACUGGAACCUGGAGCAGGCCAGUGCCCAGCUGCUGAGCUCCUACUCUCCUCUGCAAAGGCGAUGAUGGAUACCCUUACCCACCUGCGGACAGAAAGACGGGUCUUGAUUGGCUGAUAGUUUCCCCUUAUAGUCAAAACGCUGCUAUUGGCUGAUUGUUCCCAAAAUAGGAUGACCCUGCAGAGGGGCAUGUGGCUGUAGCCCCACCUACAGCAACAUCAGCAAAUCACAUUGGCUGAAGGUCUCGGCAUGUUUUUACGCGUACAGGAAGGUUGUUUCCUAAAUGAUCAGACUGGAUCAGUAUUGAUUUCUGAGCACCCAAGUUACUAAAAUGCCAGCCUACAACAUUUGUGAGGGUACAGUCGUAUAGAACAUAGAUGUGAAAUAUUAAAAGGCAAAUAAAUGUUGAGGAAUGGAACAUUCAGGAGCACAAAAUAAAUCCGUCUAGCUCAAAUUCAGGUGUAUCGAAACAACCGAGUGAAGUGGGAAAGGAACAUAAAGGAGUGAGAUUCUGCCGUGUUUCGUUUUGUAUGUUUGUUGCAUAGGUCAAUGUUGCAUUUAGAUGCAGUGUGAGCAAAUGUGGCUUCUUAUUGUUAGAAUCCUUCAUGCCUGCAUUAGGCCGUUAGCCGCAACCCGCUAAUUCCCUUUGUUGUACCCCUCGGCUUCCAGGCGUGUUAUUUCCAUGAUGGGGUCGCUCCACCACCUCUCAGGUCCAUCAGCACUUUACUUAAAAUACAUUUGGACACUAGAUCAGAAUCUCAGACUGGGCAGGUCCUAGAAUCGUCCACAGCCUGGUCCCACUUUCUGUGAAAUGUCUGAAAUGGACUGGACCUGGACUCGACCAUUCUGCUGUCUGGUGGCUGCAGUACCGCGUGUCCAAACCUAAGGUCCAAACAGUAAGAACUGCUUUUUAAAAGUAUUAUUAUUAUUAUUAUUAUUAUUAUUAUUUUCAGGAAGUACUGCAUGUGUUCAAAUCUGCAAACUUGUGGCAGCUUCCAUAAAAGUUGGAGCUAAUGAGGAUUCGGUGUGCUUAAGUUAGCUGUAAAUGAUUUGUAUAGUUCAUGAACAUUGCAGUAUUUGAUAUUGUAAAGUAUAAGCGCUAUUUGUAAUUUACAUUAAAAUAUAUCUAAAA